AUGGCAGCUUCCACAGUAACACAUCCCUGCUUCAAACUCCAUCAUCAACCUAACCUUCUCCUUCGUUACAACCAAUCAUCUAGCCAAACACUCCUCAGAUUCCAAUUUUCAUCUCCAAAACCUCUCGUGCUCUCCUCACGUGGUAGCUCCCGGCGAUUCAAAGUCUUCCCGGAGACCAUCACCGUCAAAUUGGAAGAAGAGGAGGAUACAGCUGCUGAUCUUAAUCCUCCUGUUGCCAUUAACACUAAGCUCUACUUUGGGAACUUGCCUUACAAUGUAGACAGUGCAACUCUCGCUCAAAUCAUCCAAGAUUUCGCAAACCCUGAGCUCGUCGAGGUUCUUUACAACAGAGAUACAGGACAGAGUCGUGGAUUCGCCUUUGUAACAAUGAGCAAUGUCGAAGAUUGUAACAUCAUUAUCGAUAACCUCGAUGGAACUGAGUAUCUUGGUCGGACUUUGAAGGUGAAUUUUGCAGACAAACCAAAGCCUAACAAAGAACCUCUGUAUCCAGAGACAGAGCACAAACUGUUUGUUGGUAACUUGUCGUGGACUGUUACUUCGGAGACAUUAGCUGGAGCGUUUCGAGAGUGUGGAGAUGUGGUUGGUGCUAAAGUUGUGUAUGAUGGAGAUACCGGGAAAUCACGGGGUUAUGGCUUUGUGUGUUACUCUUCCAAAGAGGAAAUGGAGACCGCUCUUGAAUCGCUUGAUGGAUUUGAGCUAGAGGGUCGGGCGAUUCGAGUAAACCUGGCUCAAGGAAAGAAAUAUUGA